AUGGCUACUACCAACAAUCAUAACUCAUCAUCAGCCCCGACCCCGACGGGGAUCCGCGUGGUCAUUGUCGGGGCCGGGUUCGCCGGCCUCACGGCGGCCAUUGAGUGCCACCGGCAGGGCCACACCCCGAUCGUGGUGGAGAAAUUCCCGGCGCUGAAGCCGCUGGGCGACAUCAUCUCGUUCGCGCCCAACUCGUCGCGCAUCUUCCAGCGCUGGCCGGGGGUCGCGGAGAAAAUGGACCCCAUCUCGCUGCGUCCCCCUGGGUUCACCAUCAAGUCGUUCAAGGGCGACACCCUGUACUACCAGGUGUGGUCUGAGGAGGAGACCUCGUGGGGGGUCCGGUUUGAUGGCCACCGAGGGGAGUACCAUCAGAUUGUUUUUCGCCAUGCGGUCGAGGACUGCGGCAUCGAGAUAAAACUUGGCGCCCAGGUGGUGGACUACUUUGAAGACGACAGCGAGGCCGGGGUGGUGCUCGAAAACGGAGAGAAAAUCUCGGGGGACGUUGUCCUGGCCGCUGAGGGGGUGCGCUCCAAAGGCCGUACUACGGUGCUGGGGUACGAGGACGCGCCCAAAGCUUCGGGGUACGCAGUCUACAGAUCGUGGUUCUCCACCAAAGAUACCGUGGCCAAGGACCCAGAGCUCGACUGGCUGAUCAAGGAGGGAGACCAGCACGUGGCCUGGCUCGGGCCCGAUGUGCACUUCAUCGCCGCGACACUCAAGGGCGGGCAGGACUUCAGCUGGGUCUGCACGCACAAGGACGAUAAGGACAUCGGCGAGUCGUGGCAGUGGGAAGCCCCGCUGUCCGACGCCCGGGAAGUGCUCAAGGGCUGGGAACCCAACAUCCAGCGAAUCCUGGACCGCACGCCCGAGCCCCUGAUAGACUGGAAGCUCGUCUACCGGGACCCGCUGUCGACCUGGAUCUCGCCGAAGCGCCGCAUCGCCCUCAUCGGGGACGCGGCGCACCCUUUCCUGCCGACCAGCAUCCAAGGCGCCAGCCAGGCGAUGGAGGACGGGGCCACGAUCGCGGUCUGUCUUCGCAAGGCGGGCAAGCAGCAGAUACGGGAGGCCGUCGAGGCCUUCGAGGCGCUCCGGUACGAGCGGGUGAAGAGCGCGCAGAAGACGGGCGAGCAGACGCGGGAUAUCUGGCACAAGGCGGACUUCGGGGCCGCGAAGAAGGACCCUGAGAGCUUCCGGCUCAGACGAGAGGAGUGGCUCUUGAAUUUUGACGCCGAGACGUUUGCGGAUAGAGAGUAUGAUCGUACCGUGGAUGUCAUUAGAGAGAAGGGUGUCGUAGAGGCUAGAGCACUGCAUGUUCCCGAGGGGCGCUACGGUUACCUCGAGUAUAAUGGUUAA